AGUAAAUCGAGUUACACGGUUCAACCUCCACCUCAGUUCCCUUCUCGCUCAACAUCUUCGCAAUACCAACGCGUUUCAUCACCAACGACAACUGCAAUACACGCAGUCUACUAUCCUCGACAACAGAUAUAUUCAAGUUGAAUAGAAGCAAUGUGUCUCUCCGCCACCUGUGGAACCUGUCAAAAGAAGACAUGGUGGGGCUGUGGCUCGCAUAUCCCUUCCGUCAUGGACAGCGUCCCUGAGACUGAUCGCUGCAGUUGCGAGCCCAAGGUCGAUGUCGAUGGGGCGAAAUAUCCCCCAAAAGCGGCGAGUAAGAACUGAUUCCCUGGUUGAGCUGGCAUGGCAUGGCGCUCAUAGUGGGCAUAGCGUUCUGGAGGGUGGUGAGGGGCGCGGUGGGGCUAUAGAAACCAGCUGAUACUGAGUGAAGGGGGCUAUGGGUGGUGAUGGUACCUUACCCACGGUCUGGUGUCAUGUUCAUAUGGAGAAGUGCAGAGGGACAGUUAUGUGAGGAUUGGACGCGAUGACGAUGGAAACAAUUCAACUCUACCCGAAUACACUCUCUCUUCUCUGUCUCUAUUGUGAGGAUACUCAUAUCCUAUAUGGGCGCAAAUGAGGCAAUGGUGGACGCCGGCAGCGUCGGAUCUAACAUAUAUGGUCAUCACCAUGACGGGCGCGAAUUCAAGAGCCCCUAAAGAAGGGCAGCGACCCCAAGAAACCCGCGACACCCUACCCGCAUACACAACCCCGCUCCUCUAAGAACCUCGAUACUUCACCAUAUCCCAUUCCAAAUGUGACACAACCCAAGCCCAUCAUCAAUUCUCCCCCGCAUUCUGCCCCUCACCGCCCCACCAUUCUGCCCUCUUCCACCGCCUUCACCCCCACCAAAUCCGUAAAUUUCCACCAGGACCCCUCCAACCAGCCUCCCAUACCAGCCAUUUCAAAGCCCAUCUCUCUGCAAAGAAACUCACGCGCGAUCAUGGCAGACGUCGACCCCCUCGCCACCCCCGAAACGGACAUAACGACGCAGACUAUCCUCCUGCACGCCGCAAACCACGACAUCCCAGCCCUCAAACCCUUCCUGCGCGUGCCGGGCGCAGCGUCGGCCCAGGAUCCAGAGACAGGAUUUACGCCGCUGCAUGCAGCUAUUGCAGCCUGUGGGCCUGUAUCUGAGGGGGCGGCAGGGUCUGAGGCGCCUGCCGGCGAGCCGGCUGCCGCAACGCCUGCUUCCGGAGAGGAGAAGGGUUCUGGUGACGACGCCAGCGCGAUCGAAGACAUUGAGGCGUCUGCUAUAGCAACGGUCACGGAACUGUUCCUCUCGGGCGCUAUCUGGAAUGAUCUUGAUGCGAGUGGUGAGACACCGGGGUGCCUCGCGUGGCGUCUAGGGAGGAAGGGGGUGUAUGAGGCAGUUGUUCAGGCGGGGGUGCGGGCCGAAGUUCUGCUGGGGAUGAUGGGGGGUUACGACCCUUUGUCUAGCGGGGGAGAGUCCGAAGCCGAGGAAGAAGAUACCACAGAUCCCGCUACUGAAGCAGAGCCACAGCCAGAGGCCACAGAUGAGGCGAAAGAAGCCACCGACACAAAAGCUCCCGCGCCCUUCGACCCGCAAGAUCCCACGGAUGUGAACUCCCGCGACUAUCUCGCUUCGGAGCUCACCUCCACCUCCACCGCGCUCCUCGACUCCGACGCUAACGCCGUCAUGAUGGAGUGGGAAACAGACAUCAUGAAGCUCUCUGCAGCCCUCCUCGCGCCCGCCCCCGGCCUGCGCGUCCUCAACAUCGGCUUCGGGAUGGGCAUAGUGGACCGCUUCUUCGCUGCUGAGACACCGAGCACACAUCAUAUCAUCGAGGCACACCCUGGUGUUCUUGCAUCGCUGGGCGCGCCCGACCACGAGUUCGGGGCGAAGUGGGAGGCGAAAGGGGGGGAGGGAAGGAAUAAGGUUUGGGCAGGCAGGUGGCAGGAUAUCGCGCCUGCACUGCUAAUGGGGGGGGAGAUGUAUGAUGCGAUUUACUUCGAUACCUUUGGGGAGGACUAUGGGGCACUGAAGAUGUUCUUCGAGGAUUAUGUGCCUGGGCUGCUGGCAGAGGGUGGGAGGUUUGGAUUUUUCAAUGGACUGGGGGCGGAUCGGAGGGUAUGCUACGAUGUUUACACGCGUGUGGCGGAGAUGGAUCUUGAGGGGGUGGGCAUGGAAGUGCAGUGGGUGGAUGUCGAGGUGCCUAUCGAGGAGGGGCUCGGGAAAGAGGGCGAGGGAGAGUGGGAGGGUGUUAAGAGGAGGUAUUGGACAUUGGAUACGUAUCGCCUACCUAUUUGUACGUUUAUGGGUUGAACGGACGUCUAGGUGAUUGAUUAAGUGGGGAUGGGAAAUCAAUAAUCGUUUACCAGUUCAGGGCGUGAGAAUCUCGUCGCUGCGUUUGGAUGUUGAGAACUGCACGGUGGUGGGAAGAAGAGUGGCGUUUGUGGCUUGAAAAAAAGUAGAUUCUUCAACUUAUCUGCUAUGUAGCCAGACAAUACCAAGCAUUCUCUAAUCUUUUCUUAUUAUAUAGCCUGAC